AUGUCGGAUCGCAGGCGCGGAGGCGGCAAGUCCCCAGCUCCAAGGGUCUCCUUCUCGUCCGACUACGUGGGAUGCAAGAAGUGCGGUUACCGUUGGACCUACAAGACCAAGCAGUCCUGCUACAGCUGUGGGCAGGCCCUGCGACCAUCGUACUCUCCUGCUCCCAAGCCCCGUGGCGUCUGGGCUAGCGGCAGCGGAGGCUGGUGGCAGGACAACCACAAAGGCGCCGACUGGUACCAGGAAGCCGAGGAGACCACGCAGAGGACCGAGCCGCUUGCGAUCGGCGAGGUGGCGCAGACCCUCGGCGGGCAGGCCCUCUCCGAGGCCCAGAGGCAGGCGCUCCAGCAGCUCGAGAGCGCCUUCGCCCCGCCGGCCCCUGCAGAGCGCCCCGCGCUCCUGGAGGAGGGCAUCCAGCGGGCGGCCGCGGCGGAGAGGGCUGCUCGUCGGGAGCUGGAGAAGCGUGCCAAGCAGCUGGCCGACGCCAAGCUCUGGCUCGACGAAUGCCAGGCUCGAUCCGAUGCGGCAGCUGACGCCCUGGUGGGGGCUGAGGUCAAGCUGGCGCAGGAGAAGAAGGCGUUGGCGUCGCCAGGCAAGGACCCUCAGCCUGAGGGGACCAACAAGGGCGGCGGG